AUGGGUGUCGACUAUUAUGCCUUACUGGAUGUGAAACGAGAUGCAUCUUUAUGGGAAAUCAAAUUAGCUUACAGGAAGUUAGCAUUACGAUUACAUCCAAUGAGAAAACAGUAUCAACAACAUCCGAAUCCACAACCUGAUAAGGUUUUUGACAUGCCAUUGCCAGCUUUAUCUGAAAAUGUCUAUUGGGGAUUGCUGAAUGAAGCAUAUGAUGUGCUGUCGGAUGAUUUGAGAAGAGAAGUUUUUAAUCAUUAUGGCGAGGAAGGGCUUAAACGUGGAGUUCCAGCACCAAAUGGAUAUGUUCAACCUUAUUGCUAUCAUAAUGAUCCAAUGCGGACUUACUUUGAAGUUUUUGGCUCGAAUUCUCCUUACUCUGAUCUUAUUGAUGCUGUGACAAAUCCACCUCCAUUAUAUAAAGUCAAACAGGGAUUUGGUGUCAUCCAUAAAGAUCCAGAAGUAUCAAAAUUACUCCACUUAUCUCUUGAAGAUGUUUAUUUUGGAUGUACGAAGCUUUUCAACUAUAAACGAAAAGAAUUUGUUGAUGAUUUGAAGAUUAAAACUGAAGAUCGAGAGGCAUAUCUUGCUAUUCAUGUCUGUCCUGGAUGUUUUGAAGGUACCAAAAUUUUAUUUAAUGAAGCAUGGGAUCAGUCAAUUACUCGUAAGCCAGGUGAUGUAGUCUUCAUAACUUCUGAUAUUCCUCAUAAAUUAUUCCGACGUGAUAAGAUUGAUCUUCAUAUGGAUUAUUCAAUUACACUGAAGCAGGCACUAGCAGGAUUUAAAAUGCAAGUUUUAACGGUGGAUGAUAGAAAGUUGGAAUUCAAUGUGACGGAUAUUGUAAGUUGCGAUUACGAAAAAUGUAUUAAAUCAGAGGGCCUUCCACAUCCCGAUAACAACUAUCAACGUGGGAAUCUAAUCAUUCAUUUUGAAAUUCAAUAUCCAAAAGUGAUUCCAAAGCAUCUACGACUAAAAGUCGAAGAAAUAUUUAACGAGAUUGAAGAAAAUGAGAAAUUGCAAGACAAAAGCGAAUGUGAGUCAUUAGCUGAUUGCUGCACAAAUUAA